CACGCGUUGGCUCCUGUUUUCGACCUCAUCUGUUCUACUACCCCAGUAAUAUCUAUUUGAUUUCUUCCUUAUCCUCAGGUCUAACUUAGGGUGUCGCCGACAUUACCUGUAUCACACCUGUCUCGCAUGAGCCCUAUGUCCAGAUGUCUACCUAGCCUUUUCACCAAGUUCUCGUUCAUGUCCGGUUGUUCGUUGACCACGUACAUCAGGCUAGGUAUCCACAGUUUCGGAGCGUAUUCCACAGUGAUACACAUGUACGCAUCCGACCAUUCCGGUCGUCGCAGUCACCCAACGUGGAGACUGGGUGAUUCCUGGUAAUUCCCGGUUGACUACUUAUUACUUGUAAUACUGUGUGAAGGCUCAUUCGAAAUUGCCCACUUGCAACGCCGCAAUAUGGUGGCUCUGAGGGCUCCAGCGAUUUCGGAGUCGCACCCGCAACUAAAUGCAGAUGAAACGACUCUCGCCAACCUAGGAUACAAGCAGGAGUUUCACAGGGAAUUCACUCCGCUAGAGGUGUCUGGACUUGCAUUUAGCUAUGCCGGAGUAGUUCCUUCUAUAGUCUCCGUGAUCUUCUAUGCCAUACCAAAUGGCGGGCCUUUCGCGAUGGUUUGGGGUUGGGCAGUUGCUUGCCCCUUUAUCAUGUGCAUCGGGUUGGCGAUAGCAGAGCUCGCAUCAGCAGCGCCUACUUCUGGUGGUCUAUACUACUGGACUUACUCGCUUACUUCUCCACGAUGCCGCAAUUUUUUGUCGUGGAUAGUUGGCUGUAAGUCCUGUAUUUUAUGUGACAUGCAGCCAGUCCUGAUAUCUGCAGAUUCGAACACCAUAGAGAUGAUUAUGGGAGUCGGUAAGACGAGUUUCAUUUUUAAACAGUCUCCCCCUGAUUAUGCGGGGCUAGCUUCCGUAGACUGGGCUUGUGCAAUUCAAAUUACUGCAGCAAUCAGUAUUGCCUCCUCUGACCAGGCAUAUACGACUACCAACCGGGAGCUCUAUGGCAUAUACGCAGCUUUGGUUUUGUCACAAGCUUUCCUCGUGAGCUUCGGUACCAAAGUUCUGGCAAGACUACAGAGAAUGUUCACGUUGGUGAAUGUAUGCCUUUGCUUCAUAAUCAUAAUUGCGCUUCCGCUCGCAACGCCACCAGAUUAUCGAAACAGUGUAAAUUUUGCGCUAGGGAAUUUCACCAAUUUGGCCGGCUGGCCAUCUGGAUUCGCAUUUAUUUUGAGCUUGAUGGCUCCUCUUAGUGCAAUAGGGGGUUAUGAUGCUAGCGUUCAUAUGAGCGAGGAGGCUUCAAAUGCCGCUACUACAAUACCAUGGGCAAUAGUCAGUUCCAUUGCUGUAUCGGCUGUCCUUGGUUGGGGAAUCAACAUCUCCGUUGCCUUUUGCAUGGGUACUGAUGUCAGCAGCGUCUUAAAUAGCCCUAUAGGCCAGCCUAUGGCACAGAUAUUAUACAAUUCGCUUGGGCAGAAACAGGCCCUGGCUCUGUGGUGGCUCAUUAUUGUAGCGGAGUACAUGAUGGCAUCGAACUGCCUCCUGGUCGGCUCUCGCCAAACGUUUGCAUUUGCUCGUGACGGAGCCCUCCCUUUUUCAUGGUAUUUGUAUCGGAUCAAUCGCUAUACAGAAACACCCGUCAAUACAGUUUGGUUUGACACAAUCUGCGCUCUGGCAAUUGGACUUUUGUCGUUCAUAAGUGAGGAAGCCAUCGAUGCGGUAUUCACAAUUUGCGUCACCUCAUCGUAUAUCGCCUACAUAAUACCGAUCACAGUCCGCUUUGCGUUCAAGAAUGACUUUAAACCCGGCCCAUUUCAUCUUGGGAAACUGAGCUUUCCAGUCUCUGUGAUCGCUGUGACAUGGAUGAUCUUUGUGAUCCUUGUUUUCUUCUUUCCUGCGACCCCGCAAACAACGUUACAGCAGAUGAACUAUACGGUUGUGGUACUUGGAGGGUUCAUGUUUCUGGCAAUUUUCUGGUAUUAUUGUCCAGUGUACGGAGGCGUUCAUUGGUUCAAUGGACCCGUAUUCAACGUUACACCGGCUAUCCGAGGUGAAAACGAAGACGAGGAUUUGAUGUCGGACUCGGAGAAGAAAGAACGAUGUGAUGCUGAUGUCGUUGUCAGAGCGGUGGAUGUAUAA